CCUCCUCCGAGCUGUCAGUGGACAGCAGCACACAUGAACCUCAAUGCUGCACACGGAGUUGGCCACCCGUUGACUUUACGUCUCAAGAGUCGCUCCUCGGCGUUUUAAUCCAAACGGGGCAAGAACAUGACAGGAUUCCCCCCUGUCACCUCUACGGACUGACCACAGACGCGUGGGAGGAAGGCUGAGCUGCUCGCUAGUAGUGAGCUGCUAUCUAAUGUUAAGUUAGCUUGCAGGCUAAUGGUUGCUCGCUAGUGAACGGAGAACGGUUGUGCUUUGUGCCGUCAGCUGGCUAACGUUCCAUAGCUGGCUCGCUAGCGAAGGUCGGGGGGACUAACGUUAACUAACGUUAGCUGGUAGUCAAGAGCGUUAAGUUUGUCAUCCAGCAUCAUAAAUGUGUAAUUUUAAUAAUUUGUUCUAGGGCCGCAUAAUAAUUGGAGUCCAUCUGUUACAAGCUUUACAAUUUUUCUGUUUUAUACGGUUAUUCAUUUUACAGAUUUUUUUUUUAAAUCGUUGGUGUCUGCUAGCUAGCAGGCUACUCGGCUAUGCUAACGCCAGCUCAGUGAGACUUGACAUCGCUCAAGGCUCGUCAAGGAAGGAAGAGAGGUGACUUAUGAUGUGGACUGAGAGCGGCGGACUGUUUGGCGAAGGAGAGCAGCAGUAUUAACCCUAAAAACAUCGUAUUUUCUGUUAUAAUUCCUUGUCAAGGUAGGGCCAUAGGGUCAGUUAAGCUGUGUGGGACGUUGGAUAAAGAAAAUAAUUGGGGCACUUUGAUUUGCGAGCUGGCUAAAUGAAUAGUAUUGGUACUACUGAGUCGUGAGCUAGUGGCCACUGUGCCAGCUUCAAGGGAAGACACUGUCAAGAUUAUAGUACAGACUGCAACAACCAGCCAGUUUGCUUAAAGAUGGCUUCGGCGAGCAGCAUUGCCGCUGCUAUUGCGAGCAAAACGAAGACCAAGAAAAAGCACUUCGUUGCUCAGAAAGUGAAGCUCUUCCGUGCCAGCGACCCUUUGCUCAGCGUGCUUAUGUGGGGAGUCAACCAUUCGAUAAAUGAGUUAAGCCAUGUUCAGAUUCCCAUCAUGCUCAUGCCAGACGACUUCAAGGCCUAUUCAAAGAUCAAAGUGGACAACCACCUUUUCAACAAGGAGAACAUGCCCAGCCAUUUCAAGUUCAAGGAGUACUGCCCUCUGGUGUUUCGAAACCUCAGAGAGCGGUUUGGCAUCGAUGAUCAGGACUUCUUGAACUCUCUGACACGCAGUGCUCCUUUGAACAGUGAGGCCCAGGGACGGAGCGGGGCCCGCUUCCAUACCUCUUACGAUAAACGCUACGUCAUCAAGACCAUCAGCAGCGAGGAUGUGGCAGAGAUGCAUAACAUUCUUAAGAAAUAUCAUCAGUUCAUUGUGGAGUGCCAUGGCAACACGCUGCUGCCUCAGUUUCUAGGGAUGUACCGGCUUACCGUGGAUGGAGAUGAGACCUACAUGAUUGUUACACGCAAUGUCUUCUCUCACCGCCUUUCCGUCUUCAAAAAAUAUGAUCUUAAGGGUUCCACUGUGGCAAGAGAGGCCAGCGACAAGGAAAAGCAGCCGCCCCAACCAGAGGAUGUGCCCCCGCGGCCCAAAUCUGGUAACGUUCAGCAAAGGCUGCAAACACUGCGGAUUGCCACGCGCUUUUACUGCGCCAUGAAACACGUAAGAGAUGCCAAGGAGCUGCCCACCUACAAGGACAAUGACUUCAUCAAUGAUGGGCAGAAGAUCCAUAUUGAUGGAGAGAACAAGAAAAUGUUCCUGGAGAAGCUCAGGAAAGAUGUGGAGUUCCUGGCCCAGCUGAAGCUCAUGGACUACAGUCUGCUGGUGGGGAUCCACGAUGUAGACCGGGCCGAGCAGGAAGACGUGGAGAGCGAGGACAAUGAGGCUGAGGAGGAGGGCGAGAGUGACGGAGGGGGUAUUGGAACACCCCCUGACAGCCCCAGCAACACAUUGGAUAGCAACAAGCCUCUGUCACCUGGAGAGUUCGAUCCCGCCAUUGACGUCUACGCCAUCAAAAGCCAUGAUAGUGCUCCCAGGAAGGAGGUUUACUUCAUGGCUGUCAUAGACAUCCUGCAGCACUACGAUGCCAAGAAGAAAGCUGCUCACGCCGCCAAGACUGUCAAACAUGGGGCUGGAGCGGAGAUCUCCACAGUGAACCCAGAGCAGUACUCCAAGAGGUUUUACGAUUUCAUCACCACUAUCCUGUCAUAGCCUCGAGGAGCCACAGGGGGGCACAGAGGCACAUGGGAAAGGGAGGGCAAGUGGGGAGUGGGGCAGGGAAGAGAAGUGAUGGAGAGAAAAACCAUCGAGAGGCUGAAUUAAUAAGGUGCUGUGAUGGCUUUGUAUCACUCUCCCUCAUGCAUUCUCCUCAUCCCUUCCUGUUUGUUUCUUUCUCUCUCUUUCAGUGGCGUGCCACACUCUGCAGCUAAAAAAAAAACAUCAUUCGUUUACAUUUAACCUCCUCUGUUGACUUUUGUUCAUGUAUUACUUUGGAUGAUAAGGGUGUUGAAAGCAAGCGUCCACGUCAUUAUGUUUUUUUUAUAUAAUUUGUUUUUGUCUGUAUGGUUGUUUAUGUGGGAAUAUGGCUUUUUUAUUGCCUCUAAUAUAACAUCCAGCACCCUGCAUUUUUAUUUUUAUUUUUAUUUUGAUGUUGUACUAUUCUUUCCCUUACGAUGUUUAGGGGGAGAUAGGGGAGGAUAGGAUGUGUAUCGUGUUAGGUCAAAGGGAGUGCAGAGGUCAGAUUACGGCACAAGGCGAGGUCCCUCUAGCAAAGAGAAGAUUUAACAAGGACGUUCAUGUUGAGCCUCGCCUAAUGCAAUUGCUUCAUUUCAGGAAGUGGGAAGCAGUCUUCCAAUAGGCCAACAGCCAGACCCCCUCCACCCAAAUGCUGUACAAGCACUCAGCCAAACAAAUCUUCCCAUUUGGGGUCCCCCUGCACCCAUUAGACGCCACCCCCGUUCCCUUCAUGCACAGUUAAUAAAUUGAGCUUCUGGGUUAUCCUCUAGCCACACUCACAACAGACACUUCUCAUUAGUAGAGAUGAUGUGUUGAGUAAAUACAUCCUGAUGCUUGUUUUCAGUACUAGUUGCACCGCAGUGGCUGUCCGUGCUUUGUCCCUUUCGCUUUAUUGUGCUGCACAGUGAUUGAGAAUGAUUAAGGGAAGGAUAUGUACCUUUAUAAAAUGAGAUGAAGAGGGAUUUUAGCACACAGUUAGUGUUGUUUACUUGUUGAGCAUUGUUAUGUAGGCCUGGUUUCUGUUCCUGUGGCAGGGUAUGACCCAGAAGACUUGUGUGGCUGUCAGAGUUAGUUGUUAUAUCUUCAUAUAGGGUGUCAGAUUGAAACAUCAACAGCCCUCACGUUUCUGUUGCCAUCAGCACCUUAUGAGUAAAUCAAAAAUGUUGCACUUUUAUUUGUUGUUAGAGGUUAGGAGCUCUUGUUGUGUUACAUGCGCUGCAACAAAGAGGGAAAGGAACUCUGCUCUCUUUGAAUCUGUUGGGGCCUGAUCGCAGAUUCCGUCUCAUCCACAAGUUCUCACCUAUGGGUGCUUCUUACUGUAGGGAUUGGUUGGGAAUAUUUUACUGCAAUAUUAGAAGGGAAACGUGGCUGAGUUCUGUGUACAGGGCUUUAGGAAACUAACCUUUCCAAUCCUUUUUAGAAGCACUCUACGGUGUUGGGGUGGUGGGUUUUGGGACCAGGCAUUAGUGUGACUGUGCGUUUAGGGCAGGCAGAAGACUGUUUACCUCCAGCAUCGUACCAGCACACACUCGAUGGUGGCAAACGAUGUGUGUGUGUCAGUGUUCAAAAGUUGUAAAGUGGGGGGAAAGAAAGGGGAGGGAGGUUGGGGAGAGUUGGUGCAGAUGUAAAAAUGAGUCAUUAACACCCACAGCAUCAUUCUCUUCUCUAACCUCGUCUGUUAUUCAUCCAUGUUUGUAUUGUUAUCGUUAACAUUUUUAAAGGUGGUUUAUCUGUGUUUGAAUUUGGCAGUUUUAUGAAUUGAUGUGGUAAUAUUUUUUUUUGUUUCUGUUUGAGGUUUUCUUUGUAUAUUUUGCACAAGAGGAAAGGAACCAAAUGUUACGAAUACGAUCCCAAUUAGUUGAUACGGUCUUAACAAGGGAAAUGCAAUAUACUUGUGUGUAAGUGAGAAAAGUUGUUGUGCGUGUGAUGUUGUGUAUCACUUCUGGAUAACCAACUAAAACAAGUAAAGUUGUCCUCCUUGAUUAUUGUAACCCAUGCAAAAAGCUUCCAUCACAAUAUGUUUGUUUGGAUAUCAUAGAAUAUAUUCACAUUUAUAUUUUUACAUUGGAUUUUAGUCAUGAAAUACAGUUGUAUUUAAGUAAAAAAAAAAGGAGCCACCCUUGGGAACGAAUGAUGGUGCUGUGGUAAAUGAAGAAUGAUACUGCUUGAAUUUAUACAAUACUUACUAUAGAUGUACUUUUAAAAGAAAAAGCCGUAAAAAAAAUUUGCAUGUCACAGGACUAAGUUUCCUUUUCCCUCUAGUCUGUGUUGUUGGCUGUUCAGGUUCUCUUUGUGUCCCUUCACUUUAACCCGAUCUGUGAGCUGUUCAGUGUGAAAUAGUCCCUUCCAUGCUUUAAAUAACUGUUUUUCAUUGUAUACACUGUGCAAGAUGUGUGCCUUUAUACUCCAAAAUUAUUUAAUUUUAUAUUUUGUAAUCUUUUUUUAAAACAAAGCUAAAAGGUUAUUUUAAUAAUAGGGUGUUUACUUUGACAUGCAUUAUUUCCAACUUUAAUUUCCAACCCCCUACUCAACCUCCACUUCAACACCUCUGUAUUUAGAUUGGUUCAUAUUGUUCAGUCAGUUAAACAAAACCAUUCUAAUGAUUGUGUUUUAACCGACAUAAAAGGUGAAUAGCUGUCUUAAAUUUGAAUAUGAUGGAUCGGUUUGGAUUCCUGUAAAUUCAAAUCUGUCAUUGUGGUUAUUCAGUGUGUGCAGGCGUCCCUUUCCUCGUCCUCGGAGUGAGGCGCUGUCUGCUGAUAUUAAUCCCUUGUUCGUUCACGCUGGUCCUGCCUUUAUAAAGAACGUGCGUGCGUGUGUGGAAGUGCAUUGUGGAAUGUGAUUGUGUUUUGUCGUGCUCGUCCUCGCUAACUGACGGCUGUCCCCGACCCCCUCACCUCAGGAGUCUGUCAGCAUCGUCAUCACGUUUACCUUCUAACCGCAGAUUUCAGGAAUGUGAUUUUGUUUUUUAAGUGUUUGUCCAAAAUUUCACAUACUGUUGAUGUACAACUCCUACUCAUUUCUGAAACAGGUUUAUGUUCUCUUACUUUGUGUGUAACCCCGAUCACCUGCUUGUUAUCAGGGAGGUCAUCAGCUGAUAGUUCAUCCUGAGUCAGUGGUUAAUUGAUAUUUCUGUGUUCUUUCACUAUUAAUGGGCUGUUUUGUUUCUAUUGUCACGUAGCUCAUACUGUACAUAGAUUGUGUGUCAUAAAGAAAAACAGGCAAUGAGGGAACACAAUCAUCUUCUAGUCUGCUUUGCUCUGUUUGGCCCUGGAGGCUUCCCUUUAGUCAGCAAGUAGAAAACAGAGCAGUGCAUGCUGGGAGAGUGAGAUUUUUUUUCUCUCUUUUGUUUUGGGAAUAUAAAGUCUGAAUCUCAUGUAUAAGUAAGGCGAUGAUGAUGCCAGACUUGAACAGAUGCAAAUUAAAGCCGAUAACAACACAUGCGCCCUGCUGCUGUACCUUGAAAUGAAUAAGUCCAUGCUUUUGUGACUUCUCUCAUGAAUGAGCUCCUUCAGCCAUUAACCCCACCCAACAGUCGACCUGCUGCCACGGUAACUUGCCAAAAGCAUCUUUAAGCAGCAGUCAGAACUACCCCACAUGAGCUUGAAGAACAUUGUGUAUAGUAAAAUGUGUCUGUUUGUUUGAACUGAAUUUGUUUUUUUUACAUGCACUGGGAGAUGGAGCGAGGUGUGCAUCGCUGAUAUGUGAACAUGUCCAAAGUUAUGAGAAACAGCCCUUUGUUCAUGUGGUUUAUCAAGUGUUAAGGGAGAAUUUGGACACAAAUGCAAAUGACCAGAGGCCAGGCAAGAUCUGCAGAGGUGGAAACAAUUCCCUUUGGCCUUAAAAUUUAAAAUCAACUAAUCUUUGUUGAGAAAAAAAUUUUUGAAAGUGAUUGAAUACUUUGAAUUGAACAGCACCAGGCCAGGAAACAUCCACUCCUGCAAAUUUGAGCUUCGGCCUCUCAACAGUCCUGAGUACUUUUAGACUACAACUAAAAGACUUAUUACACAUUACUGUGUGUGUAUGUGUGAGUGUGUGUUUAUUGCUGUUUGAUAGUGGUUGGUGAGAGUUCCCUUUCAGUGGCAGAGAGGCCAAAUUGAUGAUGUAUGUUUAUUGUUCUUCACAUUUAAUGAUGAUGAUGAUAAUAAUACACUCCAUUCCAUAAGCGUUCACUCAAACCAAUUAAAGCACUUGUUCUGCUUAACUCAAA